GCAAGUCCAGGGAGCAGCCGAGCAGCCAUGGGACUGCCGGCCGGGGACGGGCUGUGGUCUGCGGCCAUCUUCACGGCCAUCUUCCUGCUGCUGGUGGACCUGAUGCACCGGCGCCAACGCUGGGCUGCCCGCUACCCACCAGGCCCGGUGCCACUGCCUGGACUGGGCAACCUGCUGCACAUGGACUUCCAGAACAUGCCAAGGGGCCUCCAGAAGCUGAGGUACCGCUUUGGGGACUUGUUCAGCCUGCAAAUGGGCUGGAAGCCAGUGGUGGUGCUAAACGGGCUGGCAGCCAUUCGCGAGGCGCUGGUGAGCUACAGCGAGGACACCGCUGACCGGCCGCCGAUGGCCAUCUUCAACCACACGGGCUUUGGACCACAUUCCCAAGGCGUGGUCAUGGCACAGUACGGGCCUGACUGGCGCCAGCAGCGGCGCUUCUCCGUGUCGACCUUGCGCCAUUUCGGCCUGGGGAAGAAGUCGCUGGAGCAGUGGGUGAUCGAGGAAGCCGGCCACCUCUGUGCUGCCUUUGCCGACCAUGCCGGGCGCCCAUUCAGCCCCAACAUCCUCCUGAACAAAGCGGUGUGUAAUGUGAUUGCGUCCCUCCUCUAUGCCCACCACUUCGAGUACAACGACCCACACUUCAUCAGGCUGCUGGACCUGUUGGAGGCCACCCUGAAGGAGGAGGCGGGCUUUGUGCCCAUGUUGCUGAAUGUGGUCCCCAUUCUCCUGCGCAUCCCGGGGCUGCCUGGCAAGUUUUUCUCCGGGAAGAAGGCCUUCAUGGCCCUGCUGGAUGAGCUGCUGACCAAGCACAGGAUGACCAGGGACCCUGACCAGCCACCCCGAGACCUGACUGACGCCUUCCUGGCCGAAGUGGAGAAGGCCAGGGGCAAUCCCGAGAGCAGCUUCAAUGACGCGAACCUGCGUAUGGUGAUGUUUGACCUGUUCUCUGCGGGGAUGGUGACCACCUCGACCACGCUGGCCUGGGCUCUGCUCCUCAUGAUCCUGCACCCGGAUGUGCAGCGCCGCGUCCAGCAGGAGAUCGAUGAAGUAAUAGGACAGGCGCGAAGUCCGGAGAUGGCAGACCAGGCCCGCAUGCCCUUCACCAACGCCGUGAUCCACGAGGUGCAGCGCUUUGCGGACAUUGUCCCACUUGGUGUGCCUCACAUGACAACUCGUGACAUUGAAGUGCAGGGCUUCCUCAUCCCCAAGGGGACCACCCUCAUCACCAACCUGUCCUCGGUGCUGAAGGAUGAGAGCGUCUGGGAGAAGCCCCUGCGCUUCCACCCUGAGCACUUCCUGGAUGCCCAGGGCCACUUCGUGAAGCAGGAGGCCUUCAUGCCCUUCUCAGCAGGCCGCCGCGCCUGCCUCGGGGAGCCCCUGGCCCGCAUGGAGCUCUUUCUCCUCUUCACCUGCCUCCUGCAGCGUUUCAGCUUCUCGGUGCCCGCAGGACAGCCCCGGCCCAGCGACUAUGGGGUCUUUGGUGCUCUGACAACCCCAUCCCCCUACCAGCUCUGUGCUGUGGCCCGCUAGGAAAGGGGUUCCAUUCAUAUCCCAGCUGGGGUCCUAGAGUUCCCUAAAUCAUCCCCUUGAGGCUAUGGUGAGGCCCCCUGUAGCCUUCCCAAGGAGUGCCCUAACCCCAUCUUACUCCUCCUUGACCCCUGACCCCAGCAGGCCUGCUCUGCUGAACCUUAGCCACCCAUACCCUUAUUCCUAAUGCUGCCUACCAGAUUCUUCCACCAGAUGGUGGACAUCACCGAUGUGUACAUAGAUUCUAGCACCUGGAAGGAGAGGCCAGCCAGGGCUGCUGACGGGUGACAGUUUAGCCUUGAUGUGUGGGAGAAGGACAGGACUUCCCCUGGCAGCCCUAAUUGCUGGCCCACCACACAGCAGAGGCAUGUCCACACCAUCACAUCUGCCCCUUAACUACUUUUUUU